GUCACUGCUCGGGGGGGGGGUUUUUUUUUUUCCAACCUGGAAAUCAUCAGUUCGCCGGAACUUGUGACAGAAAAAAUUACAAGAAGACCAAAGUCUCACAUUCCCAUCCCAGGCUGGCCUCUUGUCCCUCCUCCUUUCCUUGCGUCCAAAAAUCCCACCACACACAGUCACACAAUGGCCUCCAGAUCAAGAAUCCAGCCGCUCCUCCGGACAGCGGCACGGAGGCAAUCCCUCCUGCCCGCCGGUGGGCGGCGCGUUUUGCGGCAAUCCUCGGCCCCGGCCGGCGCCGCCGCCACCACCCGUUGCAUCGCGACGACGGCCGCGAGGCUGUCCAAGACCGACGGCGGCCUCAAGGAAAUUAAGCUCACCUCGGCCGCCUACCCGGACAUCAAGCGCGACACCCGCUUCGCCGAGGUGACGGACGCCCACGUCGCCUACUUCAAGGACCUACUCGGCCCCUCUGGCGUCGUCGAGGCGGCCGACGACCUGGCCGCCUUCAACGAGGACUGGCUCCGCAAGUACCGCGGCGAGUCGCGCCUCGUCGUCAAGCCCGCUUCCACGGAGGAGGUGAGCAAGAUCCUGGCCUACUGCAACGAGCAGAAGCUCGCCGUCGUUCCGCAAGGGGGCAACACGGGUCUCGUCGGCGGCUCCGUGGCCGUCUUUGACGAAAUCGUCAUCAACAUGAGCCGCAUGAACCAGAUCCGCUCGUUCGACGACGUCAGCGGCACCCUCGUCGUCGACGCCGGCGUCAUCCUCGAGACCGCCGACAGCUACCUCGCCGAGAGGGGCUACAUCUUCCCCCUCGACCUCGGCGCCAAGGGCUCCUGCCACGUCGGCGGCAACGUGGCCACCAACGCCGGCGGGCUACGCCUGCUCCGCUACGGCAGUCUGCACGGCAACGUCCUCGGCCUCGAGGCCGUGCUGCCGGACGGCACCGUCGUCGACGACCUGUGCACGCUGCGCAAGAACAACACGGGCUACGACCUCAAGCAGCUCUUCAUCGGCGGCGAGGGCACAAUCGGCAUCAUCACCAAAGUCUCCAUCAUCUGCCCGCAGCGCUCCAAGGCCGUCAACGUCGCCUUCUUCGGCCUCGAGUCGUACGAAAAGGCCCAGCAGGCCUUCAAGGCGGCCAAGGGCCAGCUCGGCGAGAUCCUCUCGGCCUUUGAGCUCAUGGACGGCCAAAGCCAGGACCUCGUUCACGCCGUGCGCGGCAACAAGCGCCCGCUCGAGGGCGACCACCCCUUUUACUGCCUCGUCGAGACGUCCGGCUCCAACGGCGACCACGACUACGAGAAGCUCGAAGGGUUCCUGGAGCACGUAAUGUCCAACGAGAUCGUCUCGGACGGCGUCCUCGCCCAGGACGAGACGCAGCUCAAGGCCCUCUGGGGCUGGCGCGAGGGCAUCCCCGAGUGCCUGGGCCACUGGGGCGGCACCUACAAGUACGACGUGUCGAUCCCCCUCAAGGACCUCUACCUGCUCGUCGACGACACCAAGGCCAAGAUGGAGGCGGCCGGGCUCGUCGGCGACACGGACGAGUUCCCGGCCAUUGGCGUCGUCGGGUACGGCCACAUGGGCGACUCGAACCUGCACCUCAACGUCGCGGUGCGGCGGUACGACAAGCGCAUCGAAAAGGUCCUCGAGCCGUUUGUGUACGAGUGGAUCCAGGCGCGCAACGGCAGCAUCAGCGCCGAGCACGGCCUGGGCGUGGCCAAGAAGAACUUUAUCGGUUACAGCCGCAACGAGACCAUGGUUGGCCUCAUGAAGCAGAUUAAGAAUCUCUACGACCCGAACGGUAUCAUGAACCCUUACAAAUACAUCUAAAAAGGAAGCGCCAAGAUACGAUACCCCCAUCUCUGGACGGAGUAACAGCAGUUGCCAGAAAAGAGACACCGAGGAGGCAGCAGGCAAGCAAACAAGGCAACUUUCGAAGAGGAGCCUAGGAUAGCCGGACUCAAGUCCGUCGUUCCCCGCGUAAGAUCGGGUUUGUGGAAGUGGUUGGAUGGAAAGGCUUAGGUUUGGUCACUUGUGAGUGUGUGACCGACCCUAGGCAUCACACUGCCCACAUCAUCCCACUCACCCACACACCACAUUGUCCCUCUCUUGCUCUUCCACCACCCUCUC